UGGGGGAAGGUUGUGGAGACUAUUUCAUGUUUUUUGUCAUGAGACUUCACAUUGAGCCUGGGAACUGGUCUCUCUCUUUUGAGGUGAUUUAUACCACCCAAUUUUUGCUGAGCAAGCAGGGGGCAUUCUUCCUACCUCAUUUCCAAGUGUUUAGGAGAAUGAUGCUUCACUAUUGUCCCCAAUUUAGACAAAUUCUAUAAACUAAUAAUACAAACUGAUUCUACCAGUGAUAGAGGAAUUAGGAAAGGCUUCACUAUGGAGAUAAUUCUUGGGCUGAGUUUUGAUAAGCUGACUGACUGGGACGGAUCUCAAGAUUUGAGCUUAAAAACAGUUUGAGAGGUGUGGUCCUAUGCCGGGACAUCCUAGACUCAGAAAGUCUGAGAAAGACCAAGACGAGUACUAGAAGGAUGACUCCAGGGCUCCCAGGACCUAGUAUGGCUUCCUCAACCAAAUUGUGACAAGACUUCUCCUGUCACGUAACCAAUAACUUGUGAUGUCAUAAAGAACUCUACCCUGGUCACUUCAUGUUCUCAUUUAAGUCUCUGUUCAACAAAUUCAAAAUGAUAUAAUCACACAAAAUAAAUUAUAACCCUAAUGCAACUUACAUUUGCCGUGUUGCCAAAGUGAACUUUCUUCCUGAUUCCCACACUGGUAAUUGUGCCUUUUGGAGUAUUGUUUUGUUUUUUUCCCUCCUUUCUUACUCUACUUUUAUUAUAUUUUAUACUGCAGGUUUGCAACAAAUAAAUUCACAAAAAAAGUUGGAGGAGGAACAGUUGUUGCAGGGCUAAAGUUGCCUUCCCAAAUGUAGAAAUUGGCUAUAUAAGGAAUCAUGUAAUGUGAUCAUGUAAAUAUUUGAAUUAAAUAUCAUGAGACUUAAGUCUCAACUCUGUCAUUAAUUUCUUGUGUAACCUGGUUGUAUUGUUUCUUGCAGCUUCACCUUGUACAUGACAUCCUAUGGCUCGCAAUCAUGACCCUAAAAUCCAACAAAAAAAAUGGAUUCAAUAUACAAAAAUUCUCUGUGCAUGUCACCUUUAGUGAUACAUGCAUGACAGAAAAGAAGUUACAACUAUAAAAGGUUAACUAUUUGUUAAAAGAGUUUGAUCUAAUAUAUGCUCUAUGUCUUCUUCUGGAAGGUCCAAAUUUCUAAAUUGCUGACCUCGAAAAAAAAAAAAAACCUGUUAUUUUUCAGGAACUUACAAAAUUUGAAGAGAGGAUAUUAACCUAUUUCUAUGCUUAAACCAAAUUGCUUUGUCCUUUCUUUCAAAGUUGCUACAGUCCAUUAUCUCCAUUUCUACAAUAUUAAAAAUCUCAUGACAUGUUGUAACACCCCACGUGGGCAUCAAGCAUCUAGAGACAUUUUUUCAGUUACAGUGGAAAAACUGUUCCAAAUACAUUCAAUUAUUCACCAGAGCUAAAGAUCGGGGUGGGGAGUCAAGAUGGGACGUACAAGAGUAAUGUCUAAGUCUGUUAUGGGAAGAUCAUAUUUAAUUAGAUAAUACAUGCAAAGUGAUUUGCAUAGUGCCGCACAAGACAAGUGUUCCAUGUUACCUAACGAUUACUGUAUUUAAAGAAUCUCUGAGCUGAUAAGAAUCUUGAGAGCUCACCCUAGGAUAUCUAUGACUCCUCUAUCAAGUAUGUUUAAUAAAGAGAAAAAUUUCAUUUCCGAAUCGAAUAAAGAUCAGUCACACAAUAGUGCAGCAUGCAACUAACUCAGUGUGGGGUACAAAUAAAAACCAACUAACACCCGUCUUAACCAGGAUGUUCUCACUGCCUCCUCCACGACGGAGAAGGGUCACGGCAAACAACCUUCGUGCAGAACCUAAGGACAAAAAUUACUGUCCCGUCUUCACUCCUAAAUUCCCUCGCCAGCCCUAGCCCCGAGAGCCACUCUCGCCCAGCUCAGGAUUCUCUCCGCCCCUAGCUCCCGUCAUCCUCCGGGGUCUUCCUUUCUCUAGCCGAAAUCCCACAGAGGGUCCUUCCCUCCCUGCAGGUCGUUUGGUGAUUCCCGAGGGCUGCCGAAGUCUCGCGAGCCUACCUACAUAAUAAAAGAAAUUUCAAGCCAAAUACUAAAGAAAUGUCAGAAGACUCAGAAAAAGAAGACUAUUCAGACAGAACAAUCAGUGAUGAAGAUGAAUCAGAUGAAGAUUCCUUCAUGAAAUUUGUAAGUGAAGAUCUCCACCAGUGUGCACUUUUAACAGCUGACCCCAUUAGUGACCCAUGUUUCCCCCGGACAACACAGAUACUAUUGGAAUAUCAGCUAGGGAGAUGGGUGCCUCGUCUUCGUGAACCACGAGAUUUAUAUGGUGUCUCUUCUUCUGGUCCACUGAGCCCAACACGGUGGCCAUACCACUGUGAGGUCAUUGAUGAAAAAGUCCAGCAUAUUGAUUGGACUCCUUAUUCUGAGCCAGUGUACAUCCCAACAGGCCUGGAGAUAGAACCCCUUUAUCCAAACUCCAAGGAAGAUACUGUGGUUUAUCUAGCUGAAGAUGCUUACAAAGAGCCCUGUUUUGUUUAUUCCCGAGUUGGGGGCAACCGAACACCUCUGAAGCAGCCUGUGGAUAAUUGUGACAAUACUUUGAUGUUUGAAGCAAGGUUUGAGAGUGGUAAUCUACAGAAGGUAGUCAAAGUGGCAGAAUAUGAAUACCAGUUGACUCUGCGUCCUGACCUCUUCACAAACAAACACACCCAGUGGUACUAUUUCCAAGUCACUAAUACCCAAGCAGGAACAGUCUACAGGUUCACUAUUACCAAUUUCAUCAAGCCUGCUAGUCUGUACAAUCGGGGUAUGCGCCCACUGUUUUAUUCUGAAAAAGAGGCUAAGUCUCAUAAUGUUGGCUGGCAGAGAAUAGGAGACCAAAUCAAGUAUUAUAGGAACAACCCCGGGCAAGAUGGGCGUCAUUAUUUCUCUCUCACAUGGACAUUUCAAUUUCCACACAACAACGAUACCUGCUACUUUGCUCACUGCUAUCCAUACACCUACACCAACCUACAAGAAUACCUUUCUGGCAUCAAUAAUGACCCAGUGCGGUCAAAGUUUUGUAAAAUCCGUGUCUUGUGCCACACAAUUGCUAGGAAUAUGGUGUACGUUUUAACGAUCGCUACCCCCUUGAAGAACGCUGACUCAAGAAAGCAAAAGGCCGUGAUUUUGACUGCAAGGGUACAUCCAGGAGAAACCAACAGCUCUUGGAUCAUGAAAGGCUUCCUAGAUUUUAUCUUAGGAGACUCAAGUGAUGCGCAGUUGCUUCGGGACACUUUCAUCUUCAAAGUGGUACCCAUGCUGAAUCCAGAUGGUGUGAUUGUAGGAAAUUACCGGUGUUCCUUAUCUGGACAGGACUUAAACCGUAACUAUACAUCUCUCCUGAAGGAAUCAUUUCCUUCUGUUUGGUAUACCCGGAACAUGAUCCAUAGAUUGAUGGAAAAACGAGAAGUCAUUUUAUAUUGUGACUUUCACGGUCAUAGUAGGAAAGAGAACAUCUUCAUGUACGGCUGUGGUGGUAGUGAUAGAUGUAAAGCUUUAUACUUACAGCAGCAAAUCUUCCCACUUAUGUUGAGCAAAAAUUGUCCAGAUAAGUUUUCAUUCUCGGCUUGCAAGUUUAACGUUCAAAAGAGCAAAGAGGGAACAGGAAGGGUGGUGAUGUGGAAAAUGGGAAUCAGGAACAGCUUUACCAUGGAGGCCACUUUUUGUGGAUCUACUCUGGGUAAUAAACGAGGCACUCAUUUUAACACAAAAGACUUGGAGUCAAUGGGAUAUCACUUUUGCGAUUCUCUCUUGGACUAUUGUGAUCCAGACCGAACCAAGUAUUAUCAGUGCCUAAAAGAAUUAGAAGAAAUGCAAAAACGUAUAAACUUGGAAAAAGUCCUUGAUGAUUCAGAUACUUCUCUCAAAGAUAUUACAUUGGAUCCAGAGUCUAGUAGCCGAGGCUCUGACAGUUCAGAAUCCAAUGACUCUCAGACUUAUCUCCUCAAGUUAACUUCUCAGAAAAAACAUCUGAAAACAAAGAAGGAAAGAGAUUCUACCAUAGCAAGCCAUCAAGAUACCAGAGAAGGGCAAGAGGUUUGUGAUAAAGAACAUUUAAUGCACAGACAUGAAGAAUCAAAUUCUGAUGUAAAAGAAACAAGGCCAAACGAAUCAGAUGAUUGUAUAUUUGAUUACAUCAGAAGACAAUUUCCUCACCAAAGUUUGGAUCUACAUCACAACCUAAAAGGCAAAAUGAAGGCAUAUCCAUCUUUCCAAAGCAAGAGGACUGGUGUGAAUUGGACAGAUGAUGAAAAAAGGAUCUAUAGGGAUAAAAAAAUAGCUCAAACUGAAGAAAUGUUGCAGUAUUUGUUCCCUAUCAUGGAGAGCACUAAAGACAUGCAAUCCUCUCAGAUAAAACAGAUAUUGAAUCCAAGAACCAGCUUCAAAAUCCAGCAUCAACUAAAUCCAGCUCCUUAUGUAAACAGAAAGAGACACAAGACAUCUUGGAUGCCACCCAGACAUAACCCUUUUAUAAGCCCAAAAAAUCUUAUGGUAAGCUCUUCAGAAUGGCGCCAGUCUGUAUCUCAGCCGUCAUUUGAAACGUUGUCACCUCUCAAAGGACACAAGAAGAGGAAAAAACGUUUUCAAAUCAAGGCCAUAAAGUCUAAAGACAUGGAAGCUGUCAGCAGCAAAUGGGAGACUACGUCCUCGUGUUUUGAAAAGGAUGCAAAUAUUGUCAAAGGCAAGAGCCUUCGCGCUGAAGACUCCAACCAGCGAAGCUCUAUGCAGACAGCCCCCCAUCUAACUAAAAAUAAGCAACCAAAUAAGAGUUCCGUUCAGAGUUCCAAAGGCAGAAAUAAUUUAGCUUUACACUGCUGACAACUGCGGAUGAAAGAUAACGUAUGCUUACAUAUUAAAAGGAGAAAGAAAAGAAAGAGAAAAGCCCUCCCCAUCCCUCUCUCACUGGUCCUCCCCGUCCACGUGCGCAUGCGUAUACUAAAAUACAAAUUCUAGAUACCGCAUCUUCUUUAGUGGGAGCAUCUUUCAGAGGUAUAAAAAGAAAUCCAGAGAAAACUUUAAAACAGAGAAAAAUUUAAAAUAGAAAUUUUUAAAUUGCUUACGUAUU